UUUUCUCUCUCGUUUUCAUCGUUAUCUUCUUAUAUUCAUUUUGAUUUGAUUUUGCCCUGUUUACUUUGUUUUAAUUAUCUGAGGUUUGAACCGGAAUCAAUUGGUUAGAUGAGUCCUACUUAUUCAUGACGUAUGCUAUAUUGAUGCACCGGAUCCGAAUUCUCCACUCUUUUUCCGUUGUUUUUCUCUACUGGUUUCACGAGCUUUCAUGAAUUGCCCCUUCUUGUUCUGAUUACUUAUUCAAUUCCUUUAAUUAUUUAUUGUAACCGAAUCAAUUUUGAAACCUAAGACCACCACCGACCGAUUGUACAAAUUUCCGUACAGGUGAGGAGGGACUAGAAAGAAAGAGAAAAAUGGCAGUAGAGGAUGAUAAGGUAAAGAGAACUCGAGAUCUGCUGUCGAGUUUCUAUUCACAGGAUGCUUCUCAGACUUCUGCUCCCACCAACACCACAUCAAGAUUCGCCACUCUCGACACUAUCAACACCACCUCCUUCGAUGCCGAUCAGUACAUGAACCUUCUUGUACAAAAGUCAAAUCUGGAAGGCCUCCUUCAGAGACAUGUGGAAAUGGCUGCUGAAAUCAAGAAUCUUGACACUGACUUGCAAAUGUUAGUGUAUGAAAAUUAUAACAAGUUUAUCAGUGCUACAGAUACAAUUAAAAGAAUGAAGAAUAAUAUUGUUGGUAUGGAAGUAAAUAUGGAGCAACUUCUUGAGAAGAUAAUGUCAGUGCAGUCACGAAGUGAUGGGGUCAACACUUCACUUUUUGAAAAGAGAGAGCAUAUAGAGAAAUUACACCGCACCCGUAAUCUAUUGCGCAAAGUUCAGUUUAUAUACGAUCUUCCUACCACGCUUGGAAAAUGCAUCAAAUCUGAAGCAUAUGGUGAUGCAGUGAGGUUCUACACUGGAGCCAUGCCAAUAUUUAAGGCAUAUGGGGACUCCUCAUUCCAGGAUUGUAAGAAAGCAUCUGAAGAAGUAAUGUCAGUUAUCGUUAACAAGCUUCAGGAUAAGGUUUCUUCUGAAUCUGAAUCAAUACAAGCAAGAGCAGAGGCUGUAAUGCUUCUUAAGCAGUUAGAUUUUCCGGUUGAAAAUUUGAAAUCCAAGCUUCUUGAAAAUCUAGAGCAGUUCCUUGGGGAACUUGAUCUCUCUAAAGAGAUAACAGGCAUGGGUUCUCGUGAAUCUACCAAUGAAGGAAGUGAAUCUGAUUCCAUUCCUUGUGUUCCCGAGGUUCCCACUCGUGAAUUUGUGGAAGCUGUUCACGCAUAUCAUGUCAUUUUCCCUGAUUCAGAGCAGCAACUUGUCAAACUCAUGCAACAUUUAACCACAAGGCACUUUGAAGCUGCCAGACAACAAAUACAGCAACGGAUAUCUCCAGAAAAAUUAUCCUACCGACUUCGGUUUAUAUGGACUGAUGUCCUCCUGAUGGAUGAAGUCUUACCAGAGGCUGGUGUACAAGAUUUUGGUUUCGAGGCUGCUUGUGUUGCUGUGAGUGAGUAUGUUGCUAGUGCUUUUACCCAUCUUCUUCAUGAAAUAUCUGACACUCUCCUGCAAAUUCAAAAGGAAGAUGGCACAGGCAAAGAGAAGGAGUAUCCUUUGGGAGCUGCCCUUGAGGCCACCAAAAAUACUUUGAUUCAAGGCACUACAAAACUCUUAUUGGAUUUCCGUGUUGUUCUUGAUGAAGAGUUGGGAUUGAUAUUGAAGCUAAGAGAGAUGAUGAUUGGUUGGAUACAUGAAGGGUUUCAGAGCUUCUUUAGACGACUUAAUGAUGAGUUACUGUUGCUCUCCGGACAAAAUGUCAAUGUUAAUGUUGUACAACAACAACAACAAGAGCAGCAGGAGAGGUUACAAGGUGACAAGGUCCCUGCAGGGGUUGUACUUGUGAUAUCCCAGCUAUCUGUUUUCAUUGAAAGAGAAGCCAUCUCAAGAGUUACCGAGGAAAUUGGGUCGUCAUUGUCAUUGUCAGGUGGUGGUUAUGCUUUUGAUCCUGCUGAAGUGCGUCACACCUUUAGAGCAGCCGGAGAAAGGUUCUUGCAGCGUUAUGUAAAUAUGAGAACCCAAAGGAUUUCUCUUCUUUUGAAGAAGAGGCUGACAACACCGAAUUGGGUCAAGCAUAAAGAACCAAGAGAAGUUCAUAUGUUUGUGGAUAUGUUUCUUCAAGAGUUGGGGGCAGUAGGAAGAGAAGUGAAGCAGAUAUUAGGUGAAGGAGGAGGGGCUGUGCGUAAACAUGCACGCACGGAGAGCAAUGGAAGCACAAGCUCUUCACGCAGCAAUACUAAUACGAAUACUACUAAUAAUACUAAUACUAACCGUUCAAACACCAACAGGGCUAGGAGUCAGCUCCUGGAAACUCAUCUGGCAAAGCUGUUUAAACAAAAAAUGGAAAUCUUCACAAAAGUCCAACACACACAGGAAUCUGUUGUGAUGAGCAUCGUCAAACUUUGCCUGAAAAGCUUCCAAGAGUUUGUUAGGCUUCAGACAUUUAAUCGGAGUGGGUUCCAGCAGAUUCAGUUGGACAUGCAGUACCUCAGAACCACCCUCAAAGACACCACUGAUUCUGAAGAUGAGGCUGCUCUCGAAUUCCUGCUUGAUGAGGUGAUUGUUGCUGCUGCAGAACGUUGUCUUGAUCCUAGUCCUCUGGAGCCUGCCAUCCUAGACAGACUUGUACAACUCAAAUUGGCUAGAUAGGCCCACCAAUUGCAUAAAUGUAUCCAUUUCCAAUCCAGGGAUUUAAAAAAAAAAAAAAAAAAAAGAAGAGAGAGCAGCAUAUCUGUUUUGUUGUAUGCUUGUGUUAAGUAACGUAUAGAGAGACUGAGAGAAGAGAGCAUCAAUCAAAUCCAUGGUGUUGGGGUCUGGAUUCUUGUUUUCAUAUACAAAAAUUAAAUACCAAGUAAACUGUUUAUUCGGAUCA